AUGCUGCCAACUCUAUCGUGUGAAGCGAUCGUCACGCAAGCUGCAAGUCUGCUGAGGCUACAGGACGUGUUCCAGUCAAUGCGCCCCUCGAACGCCACCUUCAGGGUGAGGGUUGCUAGGAGGGUUACCUCCGCCACGGAUGCCCUCAACUUCCUCAAGACCAUCGAAAAGAACGACCGAUGGUCGAAGAAAAACAUCGUCAUCGACUGCCACACGCAACUGGCGAAAGAUCUCAUCGUGGGACACGUGAGAGAUGUGCAGAUGGGACGACGCAACUACCACUACCUCCUCUCUGGUCUGGUGCUGGACGCCCAGUGGGAGCUGGACGUGCAGGAGUACGGGGCCAUCAACAUCACGGGCUUCCGUAUUGUGGACGUCACAAACGCGUUCGUGCAGCAGUUCCUGCGACGCUGGCGUACCCUCGACCCCAACAAGUACAGCGGCGUCGGCAACUACAUAUCCAGCAGACAGAAACAACAGCAGAACACAAGCAGCAACAUCAUCACCAGGAGCAGCAGCAGCUCGGCUGAGCUUAAGUGCAUGCGGUGA